GGCAUUAGUGUAUGAAAGUAGCACAAAAAUUCUUCGUUUUCUUAUUCGCAAGAUAGUUUUAUCAAACAAUCAAACAUAAUAUUCCUCAGAUAAAGAUUCUGAAAGUCACCUUAGAAACAAAUGCUAUCAAAAGUUACUCCCCCGAAACGGAAGAACAGAAAUUGUUCAACAGAUUAGAUAAGUCAUUAAUUUUGUUAUAAAAGUGAAUAAACAGUUUGAAAGACGCUCAGCAUUUUUAAAUCUUCCUCAAGGUUUCUAAGAUUUGUUAAAUUUGUUUUUUUAGCAUGGGUAAAAUAGUUGUAGGUUACUGGGAUGUUCGCGGUCUUGCUGAACCUAUUAGGUACCUGUUACAUUACAAAAAUGUGCCGUUUGAAGAUAAGAGAUACCAACUUGAGGAAAGAGAUGUUUGGGAAAAGGAAAAGUUUACUCUCGGACUAGAUUUUCCAAAUUUACCUUAUUACUUUGAUGAUAAAGUGAAGUUAACCCAAAGCGUUACCAUUUUGAGGUACUUAGCCAAAAAAUAUGAUUUUGGUGGAAAAACAGAAGAAGAAAAACUCCGAGUUUCAUUGGCUGAGCAACAGAUUAUUGAUUUUCGUACUGCUUUUUAUAAAGUUGUAUAUGGUCCAAACUAUGAAGAAGCUAAAAAAGAGUAUCUGUCAAAAGUACCACAUUCAUUGAAGUUUAUUGCAGCUUUUCUUGGAGAUAGGAAGUUCUUAGCGGGAGACAGCUUAUCAUACGUAGAUUUCAUGGCUUAUGAUACAUUUGAUUACAAUGUUCUGCUUUGUAAGACCGUUUUAGAUGAAUUCCCUACUUUAAAAGCUUACAUCGAGCGCAUUAGAAACCUUCCAGAAUUGCAAGCAUAUCUCAAGUCUUCAACUUACGUAAGAUGGCCAUUUGCAGCUCCAUUCGCCAAUUUUGGUGGUAAGGGUAAAAUACCAGAAUAACAAAUGAGAACAAGAACUUGUAGAAAAAUUAGGGUAAAAUUAUGCAGCUCUGACAUUUUAAUUAACAUUAUAAUUUUGUUUUGGCAUCGCUUAUGUUUUCAAAAAGUAAAUGUUAAUAAAACAAUCAAAAGCAAA